GAGCCCCAGAGCAUCAAGCCUUUCUGCCUCAGACACAGCCUCAGCCAGAGCCUGUCCAGUGUGCUGCACUAGUCCUGAGACCCACCAGCUCAGAGAAGUAGUCCAGCCACCAGAGUCAGCAUAACUCACAGAAAACUAGGAUAAUUACUUUACUAUCCUAGUUCUACUAUCCUAGUUCUACUGUUCUAGUCAUGUACAAGGCUCAGUCUGUGAACUAGUGCAGGAUUGGUUGAUAUUUACUCUGUGAAAGUUCUCCAAUACUGUAGUCCAGUAGCUCACCUUAGUCCUCCUCUUAGUUCUGAACUGAGAUUAUUAAGUCUUCAGUCAACUGCAUCUAGUGAGAGCCACCAGCCAGUCCUUUGUACCUGAGACUGCUGCAGAUCACCUACCACCAUGCAGCUCUCACACACCUUCCUCAUCUUCCUCUUCCUCCUUUUCAUCGUCGGGAUUGCACUGGCCGGCUCGUCCACGGCUCGGAGAAGCAGAGUGAGACGUCAGAACAUGAAGGUGAGGAUCAAUGCUACAGGCGACACCAUCGUGAUGAAGUUUGUACGUCCGAACGCUGACACCAAGCUGGAGGGUUACAUCCUGGGCUACGGCAGCAGCAUGUUCUCUAAACAGUUCAUCCAACUCCCAGAGAACGGACUGCCCUACGAGACAGAGAUCGAUGCCGAGCCCAAGUACCUGAUCGCUGUCCAGCCCAUCCCAGUCAAUGAUGUGAAGAAACAGUGCACAGGCAACGUGAACCUGGAGAAGCCCCUCCACCUAGUGAUUGGGUCCGUGACCCCCACCUCCGUGCUGCUGUCCUGGGGAACCUUCCUCAAGACGCCUUACGAGGGGAACAUCAUGAACGACUGCCUGGAGGACGGGAAUUACACGGUGCGCUACCGUGAGAGGAACCGGAAGUGGACCUACCAGACAUGCCCCGCAAGCGACACGGUCAUUGACAGCCUUAAGCCCAACACGGCCUAUGAGUUUGGUGUCCGACCCAACAACAAGGAACGCAGCGGAGUGUGGAGCAAGCCAGUCAUCCACAACACCAACAUGAGUGGGAAGGCUGUGCAGAAACCCUACAAACAAAGGACCCCUCUGAAACCUGUAAAAACGGUCAACAUGCCACAGGCCUUCUUCCCUCCUCGUCACGCUGUCCAUAACAGGAGCCAGGGCAGAAUCCUCUUCAGGACCCCUGUAGCUCCAAGGACCACUUUCGGACGAGCAGAUCAGAUCAUAUCUGCCUCCUCUCCUUCUGUGGAUGUCUCCCAUGCCUCACCUGCCAUCCCCCUGCCCUCGCCCAACCUCUCCUUACUCUCCCCUCAGCUCUUACCCUCCCCCACCCUCCCCCAUGCCUCCCCCCAACUCCUGACCUCCCCCAACCUUCCCCUGACUUCCCCAGCUGACCCUGUACUUAACCCCAAUCGUAACGGACAGAGACACAGGCGACCGGCCCAGGCUAGGCCCCAACAGGCCAGGCCCCAACAGGCCAGACCCGGGCCUCAGGCCCAGCCCCAACAGCCUGCUAAGGUCACCCAGAAUCUACAGACCCCCACGGGUACCAGCUUCCUGAGACCUUUGACCCCUACCGAGCCUCGCUCUCCUAUACGCUCUGCCAUUGUCACGGCAGCCAGAAACACAACGUUGCCUCGCAGUCGCGUCUCUCUCUACUCCACCCCUAACGGCAUCAGACCUCUCUCUCUACCCAGGGACACCAACACCAACUCCUCCCUCACCUCCGACACACCAGGGGCCGACGGGGAGCUCAAUAAGGGCCUUGCUCUUCCCAAACCUGCCAUCUGGUCCAGAAAGCGACUGGGCUCCACUGCAGUUCUGCAACCCUUUCUUCCUGUCAACAAGAGGCCCAACCUGGUGGGGAAAUCAGGGGACAAGGAUAAGCUGAUGGACCUGAAGCAGGGAGACAAAGCGUCCAUCUUAAAGUCCUUCCCUCUAGUCACGGCUAAGCCCACCAAACAAAAGACCACAACCCUCACCCCGGCCUUGAAUGCCACGGGUGACAACUCCUCUGUGUUCAGCUCUCUCCCUGCUUCGGAAGUGGACGCCAUGGGCAAGAAGCGCUUCGUAGCCCCUCAUGUGAUCUAUAAGACUGACAAGAAGCCAGACGAACCGUGUUCCAUAACAAAGUCCCUCAGCUUCUUCCCUGAGGAGGAGGGGGUGGAGCAGAACAUCACCGCACCCCCCCGCUUGCCCCCCUCCAACCUCACCGUGGUUACUGUAGAGGGAUGCCCCUCCUUCGUCAUCCUGGACUGGGAGAAGACCGACAACGACACCACAGAGUAUGAGGUCAUUUCAAGAACCCAUGGACCCAAUGGAGAAGAGGUGUCCAUCCUGACCACCAACCAGACUCACACUGCAGUGGAGAACCUAAAACCAGAGAACAGUUACGAGUUCAAAGUGAAACCCAAGAAUGAGCUUGGGGAAGGGCCUGCCAGCGAGCCAGUGUUGUUCAACACAGAGUCAGCGGACCCUCGGGUGAGUGAGAAUGUCUCAGGUAAAGAUGCUAUCUGGACACAGUUCCCCUUCAAGGCAGAUUCCUACUCGGAGUGUAACGGGAAGCAGUAUGUGAAGAGGACCUGGUACCGCAAGUUUGUGGGCAUUCAGCUGUGCAACUCCCUUAGAUACAAGAUCUACAUGAGCGACUCGCUCACCGGCAAGUUCUACAACAUCGGGGACCAAACUGGUCAUGGGGAGGACCACUGCCAGUUUGUAGAUUCUUUCCUGGACGGACAAACAGGCAGCCAGCUAUUGGCCGACCAACUACCCAGCCGAUCAGGCUUCUACCGGGCUAUGCGCCAGGAACCGGUUAACUUCGGCGAGAUCGGAGGGAACUCGCACGCCACCUACGUUGGCUGGUACGAGUGCGGAACACCCAUACCUGGGAAAUGGUAAGACCCCUCCACCAGAGGGGUGGCCAGGAAGAUGCCUGACUGGAAGAAUGAUGAUCUCACCAGGGUGAGAGGAGGAGGACUGUGGAGGUCUCAGUGGCCCUUGAGGUGGGCUUCUCCCUCUUGUUACCAUGGAGACUGCGUCAGUAUGUUACCAUGGAUAUGCAUCUGUCUGUCUGUCAGAUGGUGAUGGCUCACAUUCCAUUGUAUAAAAGUGUACAGGACCAUACCUUGUCAUGGAACUCUGAGUUCUUUUGUCAUAUCUCCUUAGGGGAUCUAUUGAAUCCGCAUUACGGAAGUUCAGCUUUCCAGUGUGAUUGAAAUUUAAAGGCUAUGUUCCUGCUUUAGCAGAGACUGCUUUUACGAUAAACACUGCUUAUGUCGGCUAAAUCCAAAAUGACCUUUAAAUUUCCAUCACGGAGUCUGUUACUCUUCAGCUUUACAGAUUGAACCGAGCCCUAAGUCUCAUCUCACUAUUUAUCAAACACGACAUGAGGCAGUACUCAAAACCUGUAAAAAUGGAAGAGAAGGUGAUAAAGGUAUUUCAGAGUGCUUCAAGAGGUUACAUAUGAAUGCCGGAAACUGUUGGGAAGCUGGCUCCCUAAAAAUGUAAUAACGUGUAUGAUGUUAUUUAUCAAGCAGUUGUCAUUCAAUGUUUCUUGUGGUUUAUAUUAGCCAGUCUGCUAAAAGGGUUGCUAUAACACAAAAGCCUCUGCAAAAAAAGAAAGCAUUACACACGCACACACACACUAAAUUCGUCACUCAUACACACAUACUCAAUACCCUUUCUUGAUUGGUCCUGUAGGAUUGACUGUUGCGGUUUGCACAAUAUGAAAUUAUUAUUUAUAUUUUACCACAGCAUUGUUGAAUACUUGUUUCUGAUAUGCUAGAAGGGCAUUCUAGAAUGGACAUAAAAAACAUAACGGGACAGCUGGAAAAGAUAUCAGGACACCUUGCAAUCAUGACGCAAUAUUCGCCUACACAUGCAGACCGUACUUGCUACAAAGUUACAGAGGUAAACCAUCAACCACACUAACGGAAAUUGGAUACAUUGUAAAUGCAGGUCCAACAAGGAAAAACAUAGCUAGCUAGCAUUGAUUUGUUUAUGCAGAGACAUAUAUUUUGGAGCAUCUGAUGAUCUAACGUGGUGAGUAGGGCUGUUGAGGUGAUUAUUAUCGCCACACCGGCAGUCAUGACUGCAGUAAAAUCCUAGGUGACCUUUGAGUCACGGUAUUCUCCUCUUAUGCACUCUGGACAUGUGUUAGAAGUACCCAACUCGCUAAUGAUCAACAGGUCACUAAUGGCCUGGUGAUCAGGACUCUAUUGUCCCUCUAACCACUCUGUCAUGAAUGCAAAUGAAAUCAAAAAUUACAACACUUAUCACCAGAACAGCAUGAUGCUUUAAAAUCUCACCUCACUGUGACGAUCAAUUUGAAGAAAGAAGUUCAACAAUAGGUUGAAACUGAGUGGAAAACAUGGUUGUUGUUGAUGUUGUUUCAAAGCCUAACACAAUUAAAUGGACAGCGCUUUCUAAGGUGAUGACUAAUUCAAAACACCCACAUGCAUAUUAGAGCUUACGCAUGUAGGCCUAUAUAAACUCAGCAAAAAAAGAAAUGUCCUCUCACUGUAAACUGCAUUUAUUUUCAGCAAACUUAACAUGUGUAAAUAUGUGUAUGAACAUAACAAGAUUCAACAAAAGAGACAUAAACGGAAACAGGUUCCAUAGACAUAUGACUAACAGAAAUUGAAUAAUGUGUCCCUGAACAAAGGGGGGAUCAAAAUCAAAGUAACAGUCAGUAUCUGGUGUGGCCACCAGCUGCAUUAAGUACUGCAGUGCAUCUCCUCCUCAUGGACUGCACUAGAUUUGCCAAUUCUUACUGUGAAAUGUUACCCCACUCUUCCACCAAGGCACCUGCAAGUUCCCUGACAUUUCUGGGGGGAAUGGCCCUAGCCCUCACCCUCCGAUCCAACAGGUCCCAGACGUGCUCAAUGGGUUUGAGAUUCGGGCUCUUCGCUGGCCAUGGCAGAUCACUGGCAUUCCUGUCUUGCAGAAAAUCACGCACAGAACGAGUAGUAUGGCUGCGCGUGAUUUCCUGCAAGACAGGAAUGUCAGUGUUCAUGCUGGAGGGUCAUGUCAGGAUGAGCGAUUGUGCGUUCCUGGUGUAACUCGGGCAGUUGUUGUUGCCAUCCUGUACCUGUCCCGCAGGUGUGAUGUUUGGAUGUACUGCUCCUGUGCAGGGGUUAUUACACGUGGUCUGCCACUGCGAGGACGAUCAGCUGUCCGUCCUGUCUCCAUGUAGCUCUGUCUUAGGCGUCUCACAGUAGGGACAUUGCAAUUUAUUUCCCUGGCCACAUCUGCAGUCCUCAUGCCUCCUUGCAGCAUGCCUAAGGCACGUUCACGCAGAUGAGCAGGGACCAUGGGCAUCUUUCUUUUGGUGUUUUCAGAGUCAGUAGAAAGGCCUCUUUAGUGUCCUAAGUUUUUAUAACUGUGACCUUAAUUGCCUACCGUCUGUAAGCUGUUAGUGUCUUAACGACCAUUCCACAGGUGCAUGUUCAUUAAUUGUUUAUGAUUCAUUGAACAAGCAUGGGGAACAGUGUUUAAACCCUUUACAAUGAAGAUCUGUGAAGUUAUUUGGAUUUUUACGAAUUAUCUUUGAAAGACAGGGUCCUGAAAAAGGGACGUUUCUUUUUUUGCUGAGUUAUAAGCCAAAGCCCCAAUGUUUGGGGGGGACAUAAAAGACUAAAAACAGCAAAUCAGCUCCAAGUGAUUUUAAUUUUGGCAAUCGGUUCCAAAGUAUUCCCGCACAUAAUAGAGAGACAUGUGAUCGCACACAAAUGUAAGCAAGGGUUGAAAUUAUUACGUUUUGGUCAAAUAUAUCUGUUUGCCCUUCUUGCGGGCAAUUUGCUGUCUACGAAUUGGUAAUUAUGUUCCGGCCCCCUGACCAAAAAGAUAAAUAAAUACUGAUUUAAGACAUUUGGUACAUAAUUGGUCUAGCCUAAAAUUAACAAAUUUAGAGUUGGCCUACUGAAUUUGUAUUUGAUUUUGAAUUGCCUAGUAAUAACCACUGGUGAGUGAUGUGAACAUGAAUUUCUGUGGUCCCAACUGUUGCAGUCAUGACGCAAGUGGAGCUAUGCUGUCAAAUCCUCCCACGUUUCUCGUUUGACCCGUUUUCAGCAACUGAUAUUUUUGAAUUUGGUGAAAGGUUUACUAGCAACAAACUACAGUGCAUUCGGAAAGUAUUCAGACCCCUUGAAUUUUUUCACAUUUUGUUAAGUUACAGCCUUAUAAAAUUGACUAAAUUAUUGUUUUUUCUCAUCAAUUUACACACAAUACCCCAUAAUGAGAAAAGGCUGUAACGUAACAAAAUGUGGAAAAAGUCAAGAGGUCUGAAUACUUUUUGAAUGCACUGUACUUAGCUAGCUUCUAGCCUAUUGUUUGAUUUCAAUGUGAUCUCCUCAUAAUGAACAGUGUGAGUGUCCUGACGAGAAGGCAAACUUUUCUAGCUAUGCCAGGCAAAAUCUGGUAUCAGCUCAUUGUUAUGGAUGCAUCAAAAUUAAUUUAAAUAGAAAACAGCGUAAACAAACACAAAUGCAGCUACUUAACUGUUAUUCUGGCUGCAGAGGUGACGGUGUUAACCGUAGCUAGUUGGCUAGCUAGCAAGCAAGGUACAAGAACAUUGCCAGCGAGCAUGGCAACGGAACAUAUAGAAUGAACAACUGUGGCGCACCCAUCAAUAUCAAACAAACUGGGUCGCGCCUCUAGCAACCAACAUCUUAAAGUGUAAUUCUCUUAGAAAAAUGAAAUCAACCAUUUUUCUGUAUUUCUACCCGUAAAUCUGUGUUUUAGUAUUGUUUUCUUUGGCAACUGCGGUAUAAGUCGGAUAAAUGCCUCCGUUCUGUACAUUACCUUGGAAAUAACGGAUGACACAGCAGGACAAGGGAAAAAUGAACUCCGCGAACGUACUCAGCUCCGCAUCUUCCCGCUGCGUCGUCCAUUAUUUCCAAGGUAAAAUACAGAACUUCUGCGUUUAUGUAAACAAACACAAAUGCAGCUACUCUGCUGUUAUUCUGGCUGCAGACGUCGUGACUGUUAACCGUAGCUAGUUGGGACAAGAACAUUGCCGGCGAGCAUGGCAACGGAACUUAUCGAAUGAACAACUGGGUCGCGCCUCUAGCAACUGAAAAAUGAGAAGGUUUAAUUAUCUUAGCAAAAUUUCAUAAACCAUUUUUUUUGUAUUUCUACCGGUAAAUUGCCACUACUUAGUCUAUUAUUUACAAGGUAAUAUACAGAACAAUAUUUCUGAACUCCCAUUAAGUCUCAACAUAAAGUUUGUAUUGCAAGGUGGUUCUACUGACUUCAUGUGUCAAGCACUUGGAAAAACACCUGAAUGGGAUCUGUAGCCAAUGAACGACCAAAUAAGAGAAAGAGCAUCAGAAACUGAGGCCUUGUAAGAUUCAAGGGCUCAGUUGGAAAGAACAGCAUAAGGGAUACUUAGUUCUUUCAUCUUUAACACAUUUCUAACUCAUCUGGAGUCAUUUCAAUUUAGAGAAUGUGCCAGGAAUGUAAUGUUAUGUGGACUGAUGCACAUUGGAAGUGACCCAAAUUUUCCACCUCUGGAGCCUGUUCAGGAGGGUGCAGCAACAUCACAGAAUGUUCAAAUAGAAAUGUGUUGUGUAUGUACAAUGAGGAAAUGUCCGUUUUAUACAGUACAUCCAUCUACAACAUUCUGAUUCUCAUCUCACCAAUGACACCCUUUGUCUUUAGCCUUGCAAUCUUUUGCUACAUUUGGACCAACCUGUUUGAGUUUAAAUGAGACAACCAUGUCAAUAAAGGCUUCUUUUUUGUGGAAACCAACAACCAAAUUAAGAUUGUUUUACAUUGUGUAUAGCUGCAGGUGUUAUUUUCAAUCCCAAUUGUUAUGUUAGUGUUGAACAGAAAAUUGUAUUUUUGUUUCAGAUAUGUACAACCAUUCCUGUAUCUAUUUUCUACAAUAAAUCCUUAAGUAUGGUUAUUUUUUA